AUGGUUUCAUGGGAAGGUUGCGCCACAGACUGCGGCACAGGCUGCGGUGUGUCGAGAUCAUCGGAGCGUGGAACGUCCGAAAAUGUUUUUUUGUUUACAGAACCGCUUCAGGAACCGCGCUUUACCACUCAACCGUCAAGCAGUGGCAAUAUACUUAGCGAAAAUCGCACCAAAUUUUUGGAAUGCCGAGCAAGAGGCAAUCCUCAACCAAAGUACAAAUGGUUCAAAGAUGGGGUGGCCCUCAACAAUGAGCUCAUUUCAGAUCCUUAUUUCCGUAUUCAGGCUACCCGGCGAGAGGAUGCCGGAGUAUAUCACUGUGUUGCGUCGAACGAUGUGGGAUCUAUAUUCAGCGAUCACAUCACCUUCGCCGUAGCCUAUAUGGGAGUCUUCGAAGAUCUUACGGAAAAGGUAGUAAAUGUUGAGUCGGGUAACGCCGCGAUUCUACAGUUGCCCCCGAUCGAGAGUCAUCCUGCUCCUAGAGUAGAAUGGGUCUCCUCCGACGGGAUACCUUUGUAUGGUAUAAAAUAUGCCACGACCCAACGCACGUUGCUUAUACUGAACGCUUCGGAGGGCGACAAUGGUAUCUAUAGAGCGAGGGCUUUCAAUACUCAAUUAGGCAAAGAAGAGAACAGUCCAUUUUUCAAGCUGCAAGUCACCGGUGAUCCGAAUGCGGAAAUAGUUCCUACUAUAAUUGUCAAGCCGCAAGAUACGCAGAUAAUCAAAGAUCAAGACGUCACGUACAUAAACUGCAUUGCGAAUGCCAGAUCGCUUCACGAGCUAAGAACCUUGUGGAUGAAAGAUGGUAUUCCGAUUGAGAAUUCACGAAUAUCGUACAGCUUCAACGAUUCGUGGAACAGGACGCUCGCAUUGGUCUCCGCCAACAUAACUUAUACGGGAGUUUAUUCCUGCCAUGUGGACUUGAGAAGCGGCGAUUAUCCGACUGUAAAUGCGAGUGCCAAAAUCGUUGUCUACGAAAAACCAACAUUUAUAACGGAGUUAAAAAGGGAGACUUUGAGCGACUAUGGAUCCACCGUAACGUUACCGUGUGAUACUGUUGGCGUGCCGCCUCCCACAGUUGCUUGGUUCCGUAAUGCCGAGCCUAUCAACCAUUUACUAGGGACCAGAUAUGUGAUGGAGGAAGAUGGCUCACUGACAAUCAAGAAAUUAACUAUGGAUGACUCCGGGAUGUUCCAGUGCCUCGCUUCCAAUGAAGCUGGCGAGUCAUCCAGUUAUACGUGGGUAAAGGCAAAAAAAAAAGGAUUAGGAAGCGGAUUGAGAGACAGAGUUGCCCGCUGGGCGGCUGGCUACAAUAUAGUCAGACUUGGCCAAUUUGACCGCCGGUUUAUCUUGUCUAAAUAUCCAGCCACGUCUGGGCCGGUAAUGGAAAAGGGUCCGCAAAAUUUAACGGUAUUAGACGGCAAAGAUGCAACUCUGAGCUGCAACGCGAUAGCGGCACCUAAACCAAAUACCACCUGGUAUUAUAACGAUACGAUACCUGUGGAGAUAGCUGGACGAGUGCAAGUCCUGGACAAUGGUGAUCUUCUAAUUGCAGCAGUAAAAACGAAUGACGAAGGAAAAUAUACUUGUAUCCGUGCGAAUGAAGCCGGUUCCGUCAAUGGAUCAGCAUACUUGACUGUUCUAAUUCGAACGCGAAUCAUUCAUCCGCCUCUCGAUACUUCUGUGCUCCUUGGACGCACCGCCGAAUUACAGUGUAAAGUUUCAAACGAUCCGAGCGUUAUGUAUGAUAUGGCAUGGUUUCACAACUCACAAGUAAUAAACACACAAGCAAGCCAGAGAUUAAAGAUGCGGUCGGAUGGGACUCUGCAGAUCAUCGCUGUUCGAGCUUCCGAUGUGGGCGAGUACACGUGUUCCGUGGUAUCACCGGGUGGUAACGAGACGCGAUCUGCACGUUUGAGCGUGAUUGAGUUGCCGUUUGCGCCAAUUAACGUCGUGGCUGUGCGGGUAGAACGAAUCUCUGCGCGCACGAUCAACGUCACGUGGGUGCCCGGCUUCGACGGCAAUAGUCCCACGAAGAAAUUCAUAGUCGAGAGACGAGAAGUUUCUGAUUUAGGACCUGUACCGGAUUCAUCGUUGAUCUGGAUCACCGAACGCGACAAUAUAUCCGCGAGUAGCCGAUGGGUAUUAUUAAAUAAUUUGAAAGCUGCGGCAGCUUAUCAGUUUCGCGUUAAGGCUGAGAAUAGCGUCGGCACCGGUCCUUCGUCGGCACCCAGCAACAUCGUUGUUCUACCUCAAGAACCACCUAGUGGCCCACCGAUUGGCUUCGUCGGCUCGGCACGAUCAUCGUCGGAGAUAAUAACGCAGUGGCAACCUCCGCUGGAGGAAUACAGAAACGGUCAAAUUUUGGGAUACGUACUGAUGUACAAACUGGACGGAUACAACGACAGUCCAUGGACGAUCCAGAACAUCACCAACGAAGCACAAAGAAAUUAUCUUAUUACUGAUCUGAUUACAUGGAAAGAUUACAUGGUGCAGAUAGCGGCCUACAACGACAAGGGCGUAGGCGUAUUUACUGACGGUCUCACAAUAAAAACUAAGGAAGGAGUCCCGGAAGCACCACCCACGAAUAUAAAAGCGAAAGCCAUUAAUUCAACGGCGGUGAAAGUAUGGUGGAAACCACCGAAUCCGCAAAAAAUUAAUGGGAUUAAUCAGGGAUACAAAUUGCAAGCUUGGAUCGGUAGCAAUGUUACGGAAACGAAUGAAUACAAGUCAAUAACCGUGCCGCCAAGUUUACUCGACCCACUCGCCGAACAAAGCGCAGUUAUGGCAGGUUUGAGAAAGUACACCCUGUAUAAUAUCACGGUGCUUUGCUUCACCGAUCCUGGUGACGGCGAAAGGAGCUCACCUGUUAAAGUUCGCACGCUCGAAGAUGCACCUGAAGAGGUGGAAAAUUUACAAUUUGAGGAUAUUAGUGAUCGUGCAUUGACGAUUAAGUGGGCACCUCCCAAAGAAAUCAACGGAAUAUUGACGCAUUAUCAAUUGAAAUACAUGAUUAAAGACAUUCUCGAUUCUCAGCGUGUGGAAAAUUUUACAGCUAAUAUAUUAUCGACUAAAGUGGAGCAUCUACAGGCGUUGACUCAUUAUAAAUUUGAAGUCACCGCUUGGACGUCGGUUGGUGCCGGCAAGCCGAGAAUAGCGAUCAUACAGUCGGGAGUGGAGCCGGUGCUACCGGAACCACCCACGAAGCUGGCAUUGUCCAACAUAGACGCGUUCUCCGUAGUGUUGCAAUUCACGCCGGGAUUCGACGGCAACUCGUCCAUCACGAAGUGGACUGUACAGGCACUGACGGCACGGAACUCGACGUGGUACAACAUCUACGAGGUGUCGGAUCCCGAUGCCAGCACGAUCACCGUUGGUGGCCUGAUUCCCUUCGUGCAGUAUAAGCUUCGUUUGAUUGCAAACAAUGUCGUCGGUGCCUCGCAACCAUCUGAGCCAACUAAGGAAUUUCAGACGAUUCAGGCACCACCCUCUCAUCCGCCGAAGAACGUCACGGUUCGCGCGAUGAGCGCUACUGAAUUGCGUGUCAGAUGGAUCCCGUUGCAGCAAAUAGAAUGGUACGGGAAUCCGCGUGGAUACAAUGUUACCUACACGGAAGUGCAAUCGAACAUCUCGCAAAGCAUCAUCAUCGAGGAUCCCACUGCAAACUCGUAUGUUCUGGAGAACAUGGAAGAAUACGCCGAUUACGAGAUAGUCAUGCGAGCGUUCAACGACGUGGGAUUCUCGGCGGCGAGUCCAAAGGCCAUCGAGCGAACUCGUGAGUCGGUGCCCUCUCUGGGGCCAAUCAACGUAGAAGCGAAUGCGACGUCCUCAACAACCAUUCUGGUACGAUGGGGCGACGUGCCCGUGGAACACCAGAACGGUCAGAUCGAGGGCUUUAAAGUCUACUACGGUGCAAAUUCUAGAUCGCCCUUCCAGUACAAAAACAUUCCCAGUAACAGCACCUUUACGACCACUUUGACGGAGCUUCGCAAAUUCGUUCAGUACCACGUGCAAGUCUUGGCGUAUACGAGACUAGGCGAUGGCGUACUGAGCACUCCACCCGUGAGAGUUCAGACCUUUGAAGACACUCCCGGUCCACCGUCUAAUGUAUCCUUCCCCGAUGUGAGUUUGACGACAGCACGCAUUAUUUGGGACACACCAGAGGAUCCUAACGGAGAAAUUUUUGCAUACAAAGUUAUGUUCCAUUUGAACAACAGUCUAGAACGUCAAUUUUCUAAAGAAUUUCCGGCAUCGGAUAGAACAUUCAGAGCCACCGAACUCGAGCCAGAAAAAUAUUACAUGUUCUCUGUGACAGCACAGACGAGAUUAGGUUGGGGUAAGACAGCUUACGCGCUUGUAUUCACCACGAACAACAGAGAACGUCCACAAGCACCGUCGGUGCCUCAAGUGAGCAAAUCGCAGGUGCAGAGUCGUCAAAUAACGUUUAGCUGGACACCAGGCAAAGAUGGUUUUGCACCGCUGAGAUAUUAUACAGUGCAACAAUCCGAGAAUUCCGGACCGUUCCAAAUUAUUCCUGAAAGAGUGGAACCCACAUUGACAUCUUACACUGCUAACAAUUUGAAGCCUUAUACAUUCUAUCAGUUUCGCAUCCAGGCUACCAAUGAUAUUGGCCCUUCAGAUUGGAGUACUGAAUCCGCUCAAGUGCAGACUCUGCCUGCAGCACCAUCAAAAGGUGUCACUGGUCUGAAAGUUGUACCGAUAACGACAUCCAGUGUCGAGGUUCAUUGGAACAUGAUUGAUGAGAUAUAUUGGAGUGGCGAUCACGAAACGGGUGGUUAUCGUGUCGUUUACCAGCCGAUAUCAGAUUUCCCGACGCCACUGCAAGCAACGCCAAAAAAAGACGUUAUAGGAAUUAAGGAGACCGAGAUGGUUUUGAGCAAUUUAACGGAGGAUCGAUAUUACGAGAUUAUAGUGCUGCCAUUUAAUUCGGAAGGUGAAGGCCCACCAAGCCGACCGGUCACCGUAUAUGUGGGAGAAGCGGUACCUACGGGAGAGCCUCAACAUCUGAAAGCGGAGCCCAUUUCUUCUACUGAGGUUCACUUACGUUGGAAACCUCUCCAGGCUAAUAUGCAAAAUGGCGAUUUAUUAGGAUAUAAAGUUUUUUACUUGGUGACCAAUUCUCCUCAAGAUAUAGAGAAGAAACAGGAAGAAGAGAUCGAAGUUGUCCCGGCAACUUGUUUGGCACACAGCUUAGUCUUCCUCGACAAGUAUACGGAGUACCGCAUACAAGUUUUAGCGUUUAAUCCAGCUGGAGAUGGUCCACGAUCUCCGCCGAUUACUGUGAGAACAAAGCAGGACAUACCAGGACCACCGCACAAUUUGCAAUUUAGUGAAAUUACUAUGACCAGUUUGCGCGUCUCUUGGGAGCCGCCAAAAUUACGCAACGGCGAGAUAGUCGGCUAUAUCGUCACGUACGAAACGGCGGAGCAAAACGACCGUUUCAGCAAGCAAGUCAAACAAAAGGUGACAGAGACGAGUCUCCUCAUUCAGCCAUUGGAGGAAGAGGUGACAUACACUUUUAUGGUUCGCGCACAGACAAUUGACUUCGGGCCACCAGUAUCCGGAAAUGUUACAACUGGUCCGCAAGAGGGUUCACCGAUGGCGCCUAGCAACCUCGAUGUGACCAAGACUGUUUCCAGCGUGGAGCUGGAAUGGACUAACGGAGCUUCCGGCAAGGGUCCUAUACUCGGCUAUUACAUCGAGACUCGUCGCAAAGCAAUGGAAGAAUGGCAGCAUUACGAUUCCCGCUGGCAGACAAUAGUCCGCAGCAGCAAUGGACCAUUGAUGGAAUAUACUGUGUCUUAUCAAAACUUACUGCCAUCCACAUCGUAUUUAUUCAGAGUGAUAUCAUACAAUCGUUACGGUAUUAGUUAUCCAGCAUAUUCUGCCGAGUCGAUUUUAACGCCAUCAAAACUCUAUCUGGAAUAUGCAUACCUGCAGCACAGACCGUUUUAUAGACAAACCUGGUUCAUGGUUACUUUAGCUGCUACGUCAAUUAUAAUCAUCAUUAUGAUCAUAGCAAUAUUAUGUGUAAAAAGUAAAAGUUACAAGUACAAACAAGAAGCACAGAAAACUCUUGAAGAAUCAAUGGCGAUGGACGCAGACGAUAGACAAGAAUCGGACUUGGAAUUAUAUAGAUCGCGUCAAGGUGGAGGUAGUUCCAAUACAGCGACCGGCACUCUAGGCAAGAGGAACACGCUGGCCCGCAAGGCCAUGCAUCCUCCACCACCCACGAUGCUGGGCAAGUCACCUCCAAGACCGUCUCCAGCGUCGGUUGCUUACAACAGCGACGAGGAGAGUCUCAAGGGAUAUGAUGAGAAUCCUGACGACAGCAGCGUUACGGAGAAACCUUCC